UCUGCCACAAACCCAGAGCGAAAGAAGUUCAGUUGGAGGCUCAGUCACCUCACUAGGGGAAUCCUGUCAUUGCUCCAGUAAGUAUUGGAUUAUUUCAGGGAUCCCUGGUCCUGGACGACGGUGUGACACAAUUCCAUAUUAGUAAUACCUUAGCCAGUAUUUGAAAGAAGGAGCAACAAUAUGUCAACCCAUGGCCAAUAUAGUGAGUGCGACUGGUUUUACCACGCUCCUCGGAAGCCAGUUAACAAACCAGAGAGAGUGGAAGUACAACUUCCACCAACGUCCCAGAUCCCAGGCCUAAGUGACCUUGCAGAACCUCACAAGGAAAUUACCUUUGAUAACCGCAGAAAAUGGAUUCGAGACACAGACUCUGACUUCAUAAAGCUUUCCAAACAAGGAGGCAGGCCAGAUUUGCUGAGGCAUCAUACUCCUCCUCCAAAGAAGACCUCUCCAAUUCUAUACUUGCAACCAGACUGGUAUGUACAUGGGCCACCAUCUCCCAGGAGCACAGAGGUGCCCAAGUGGUACUUGCCUGAGUACAUGGUCCAUCACGAGUUCACUCCUAAGCAUUCUGAUGUGAAGCGAGCAGCACAACAUACUGAAAAGAAACAGUUGCAAAGGGAGGCAGAAGAUAAUGAGAAGGAAAAUAAAAGAAAAGUAAAGCUGAAAUUGCCAGCAAUUGGAAACAAAACACAAAAGGAGAAAAUGUUUGGUUCUACAACCAAAAAAAUAGAGUCUUCUAAAACAGCAAGAGGAGAUCACUUGGCAAAUAAAUGCACAUUUCCACCCAUGCCCUUACCAAGAAUAGAAGAACCUGUGAACAUCACCAAAUUGCUUAAUAAUGAGUACGCUAACGAAUGGAUCCAGCAGCAAAAGGAAGGGAAGAAAGGACUGCAGGAUGUGAAUUCCAAGGAAGAACCUGGAGAUUCAGAAACGUGCCAGCUCGAAUAGAUGCUCACAGGCAAGACGUGAAAACUCAGACAUUAUGAAGCCAUGAUCAUUAUAAUAUGAAAUGAAUUCUCAGCACUAUAAAAAGAAGAAAUUGCAUGCGUGCCAGGAGACAGUUACUAAUUCUGAGUUAUAAGAAUGAAUUGUAAUUAUUAUAUAAUCUUUCAUAUUUAUCCAUUGCUUUGCAAGAGCUUCAUUUCAAUUAUUUUACC